GGCAUCGCCGGGAACUCGCGCAGUGGCAUGGCUCUCCAGUGCCAGUUUGUCACGUGUUGAGUGAGGUCGCGCCGGGCACCCAUACCCCUCGCGGGCAAGAGUAAAGGUUCUUCUAUUACGAGAAAAAAAAUACGAUUUCUGAUAUCAAUUUCUUCUGUCAAUGAUUGUUAACUAAAGCUGACCUCUAUAGAUAUACGUGUAUUUUAUGACCUUCAGAAUCACGUGACUUUAACAACAGGGUCAGAAGAUUAAUUGUAAUUAGUGAAAGUUAACAAAGAUUAACAAUGGUUCUUGAGAAAGACGUGAUGCUUAUUAGAAAAUCAAGAAGAAUGUAAAAAUGGAUGAUACGGAGGAAACAGCAUGGAUGAAGAAAAAGCUUAGAUAACUCCGAGUGAAAAAAAAAAUCAGUGGAAAAAUAUAAAACAGUGAAACAAAAAGAAAAUAGACGGUGAGAUUUAGAAAUUAAAUAAAAUAAUACAAUAAUAAAAACAGCGAGAGAGCAGCAAACAAAAUAUCAAACAUUUGUACACUUGACAGAAAAAAAAUAAAUUAUGAAAUGUAUCAAAAGAGGAAAGAAAACGGUGACCCAAAGCUAAAAACAGAAAACGAGUGACCGAAAAAAAAAAAUAUAUAUAUAUAAACAAACAAACUCAAAAAUAUUUAGAACUCAAACGCUCUCUCGCAACACACAAAACCUAACCAAAACAAAAGACAAUGGAAUUUCACAAGAAAAACAGAACAGUGAUCUCUUACAUUCUUACCUUCGCGGCUCUGUUCUUCAUCCCUCCGGCGACUUCGCUUCCAGGAGUGCUGGAAGCGGGUUCCCGGAAAUGGUUCUACGGCUCGGAGGACACGGGGCAGCCCUAUCUGGCGACGGAGGAACUGAACAUGACCGCCAUCUUGGAUUACACUGUCUCCUUGCCCUGCCGUGUCUUCAACCUCAGGGACAGAACGGUAUCAUGGAUUCGCUCCCGAGACCUGACAGUACUGGCCGUGGAUAGACUCACCGUCACAACAGAUUCUAGGAUUAAAGUGAGCCACGUCGAGGAGAGCGAGGACUGGAUCCUGGAAAUCAGGGGAGUGACCAAACGCGACCAGGGGACCUACGAGUGCCAGGUCAACACGCACCCGAAGAUCUCCACGAAGAUUCACCUCAAGGUGUUGCCGCAACAAGAUCACACAUCUAUCCUUGAUAUUCCGAUUUCUGACACCGGAGUUGUGAACGACCCCGAAGACGAGUCUGGCGUCGGGCACGAGCUACGCGUGCGCGUGCUCGGGCAGCGUCGGUUGCUCGUGGCAGAAAGCGCACUUCUGCAGUUAGUGUGCGAGGCGACGGGACGCCAACUGGCCCAGCGGCGUCACGAGGCGCCGCUCGUCACCUGGACACUCGACGGGUUCCCCGUCACGUCGCAGUGGCCGCAGGACAAGGUGUUGGUGAGAGAAUCAUGGGCAGGCAUGAGCCUCGAAUCCGAACUGCAAGUCACGGGCGUGGCAUUCGGAGACGGAGGGGUAUACGCCUGCAACAUCCCAGGGGCAUCGCCAGACCACGUCACCGUGACCAUAGUACCCACACACACAGUGGGAGUAACAUCCAAGUUGGCCGACUCAGGUUUUGAGGAAGACAAAGAAGAAGAAGAAGAAACUGAAGACGACACAGGGUCAGUGGCAUCAGCAAGCCGGGCGGCAGUACUUAGCGGGGCUAUAAUUCUCGUCCUCCUGCUUAUUCAGGCAGCCCUUUGCGUCUUCUACAUCAAGAAAAUUUGAGUCUCCUUUCAGAGGAGACAGUUGCGUUUUCUAUUUUGAAAGGACGUAUGUGCCGUUUUCUUUCUUGUCAUGGCGAAACAAAUCGAGCUUUCUUUCCUUGCCAAGGUGUGUUGCAAAAGAUUACAAGAAAAGUGAGAGAGAGAAAAGAGAAUGACUAUUUAUUUUUGUAUCUAAAGCUAUUGCGGGUCUCUGUGAUUCCGUUGGCAACGGGCGGAGGGAAAGAAGCAAGAUUUCAGUUUUCGCAAAUUUCGAAAAGUUGCAGGCAAAAUUUUAGAAGAAAGGCACAUUGACGGAUUUCGUAAAUAUCAUAACUAUUUUCGUAGAGUUCCUUUCUUCUCUUACAGAAAGGGGAACUACGCUGGGUUCAAAUAUGUUGCACUGAGUACGGUCUUCCAUGACACGCCAGUAACCAACACCUAACAAGUGUUAUUUCGUUGUUGUUAUUCUUUAACAAUAUUGUUUUGAUGACACAGUGUCGAGAUUAUCCAAAUAAACAAAUAAAACCACUAUCUACAAGUGUUCAAGAUUAAUUAAGUUACUACGAUAUUUCUUUUCAAUAUAAAUGGCCAUAUCUUCAUUAGCAAUUACAAUUUUCCGAAACGAGGUGUUUGUCACAGACACACUAGUUUUAUUACUAGUUGCAAUUAUAGCAUUAUAUUUACAUUAUUGUUAGUAUCUAUUGGUGUUACGAUAUUUUAUCUUUAUAAUUAUUUAUUAUGGCUAUUAGUUUUGUUAUAGAAUCAUAAACAUGUUAAGUGUCAUUAUUUAUAAUGAUACAGAUAGGUGUGUAUAUAUAAAUUACGGUUUACUAAAUUUGUAAUUGCCAUGUCUAGAUUUUUUUUUAUCAUGUACGAAUGGUUAUAUACUCAACAUUUGGCCGAUCUUUGAAAGAAACUCAAAUAUUUAGGGAGUAGUUGUAGAAAACUUGGAUUUUCUUUUGUUAAAAGUUUUAUCAUUUUUACUAUGGAUUAUGAAGGCUUUGGUGAGAGCAUAGAUAGUUUUUACUUUUCUCACACAAAGAAAAUAAAAUGGCCAUUUGCCUUUUUACAGUAAAAGUCCUAGAUUUACAUGUAACCAGUUGUUACAGGUUAUAAUAAACGAAUGCAGAAAAUGCGGUCUGCAUCUUACCUCAGUUGCUUGACACAGAGAACACGUGCAACUUUUGUUUCCUUUACGAAAAUAUCCAUUUAGUUUAGAAGAAUCAGUUGCAUUUUCUUACAGCAUAAGUUACCUGUAUUUACUAAGCCCACUCUGUUCUUUUUGCAGUAUGGACUGAACAUGCACUCACUGCAUUAGUAUAUGUUAUGAUAUGGUGAUAUUAAUCCACAAUUUUAACUUCUUUAGAGCAGACAAAAUACAUUUGUAUUAUAAAAUGAAAACCAUAUGAAAGCAAUGACAUGCACAGGCUUUCGGAAAGGAUAAGAGCUUAUUUGAAGAAAGAACAAUGUCCUGGCCACAAGGAGUACGUUUCCAAAAUUUGGGUGGUCCGGCAACAAUUCUAGAUUUUUAGUAAAAGAGCACUUGGGUUUACUUGGUUUGGAUUAAAAGGGGGCACUUUCCUCUCACAAAUUUUGAGAAGGGAAAUUUUCAAGAUUAUGACUGAAAAGCCACAUUGCUUUCCCAGCUACUGAUAAAAAUGACAGUUUCCUAGAUUUUGAAAAUAAAGGACGUUUUUCUAGAUUUUGACUAAAUGCUAAUUCUCUCAAAUUUUGUUGAAAAUGGCAUUUAAAAUAUGAAGAAACAGAACAGGGGCUCCAACACUCACCCCCCUGUGCAUGUCUCCGUGUUGCAGCUUCUAGUUAAAUCUAAAUAAAGUGUUAUAUUUUUUUGUAGAUUUGUCGAAAAAAAAAUCACUGAAGCUUAUUUUGGAUUACGGUUCUAAUCGACGUAUGUAGCCCAUCGAAGGUUUAUGAAUCAAUGGUAUUAUUAUUACUAUUAUUAUUGUUAUUUUUCAUUCAUACCCAUUUUUUUAGAGAUGAGAGAUAUUUUAUCGCAUCUCAAUGCUUUUUGGGGGAUGGUCAAAUUCAAUCUUUUUUCUAGCAUAAGGUAACAUAUUUUGAUAAAGGUGAGCCAGGAUAUUGAAAAUUAUUUUAUCAUAAUUCUAGACCCAAAAGUGGCUACAAGGAACCUCAGGUAAACUAUCUGUUUGUUCAUAAAGUUCAGGUUAAUAAAUGUUCAAAUAUUUAACCCAGUUUUUUCUAUUUUGAUUUUGUUGUAAUGCGUCACUCCGUUUCUGUGUCUGUUAUCAUCAUACCUGUAAGAAACACUGUAGCAAUUUCGAGAUGGUAUUGUUUUUGCAUCAUUUCAUUGUGGUCAUUAUCUAGAGGCAAUAAGUUUUGACUUUUUAACCAGAAGGGUUUUCAUCAGCACUUUCAAACUCAGACAUUUGUGUGUAUUAUAUAUGUGUGUGUGUGUGUGUGUGUGUGCGCGUGCGCUUGUGUAUGUGUGUGUGUGUGUGUGUGUGUGUGUUACACGAUAGAAUUAAAGCAUAAACAUAACAUCCGUUUAAAACCUUACAAGCCUGAAGAGGCCACUAAACCUUUCGGAUGUUUUAAUUUGAUAAAUUAUAUUUUAUAUAAUAUUUUAACCUAGUUAACGCGCAACUCUACCGCUAUAAUGGCGAGUUCAUUUGUUCCACUUGUUUUUGUUGUUUCACACAGCUCCUCGUAUCACACUCUAUGCAUCAAACGUUACACUUCAACGCUCUGGCAUAUAGCACUCGAAGUCACGUGGUUACCCUAAUAAAAUCAAUGGGACUCGAAACAUAUUCGAAUCACCUUGAAUCAGGUUCUUUCUCCCCGAUAGCUGAUGCUACCCCCCCCCCCCCCAUCCCCGAUUGAUAGUGCUUUUGUUAGAUAUGUUGGGAAUUAAAUGGACGUCCAUUAGAACUUUUCAUGUAUUAUCCAUAAAAUUAGAUCAUGCUGUAGAGGAUGUAGGAUAUAUCAAUGCAAUAUAAUGGUUAUUAAUCCACCCAAGAUAGAGCAAAUAUUAAGUCCACUGAAAUGUAAUAUUCCUCCACCAUUCAUUAGGAAAAAAGAACAAUGGUUAUAGCCGUCACGCGACAUGGCAGUCGACAACCUUCCAGUGAACAGUACUUUCACUCAUAUAUUUGCGUGUGUGUGUGUGUGUGUGUGUAUGUGUGUGUGUGUGUGUUAGAGAGAGAGAGAGCGAGAGAGAGAGAGGAUGAAGAGCAUACUCAUUGCACUAAUUUUAACAAUCACAGUACUUUAUUAAUUCCAAUCAUCUUGUGCGCAAAUGCAGUAAGAUAGCAUUUCCAAGAAGAUUGUUUUGUUGAUAUCAACUCUUAUUUAAAGAUGUUGAUAUUUUUUUUUUUAGUAUCCAAUAUAUAUAUUUCUUUUUUCUUUGGAAAGCCAUUUUCUUUGUAGAGUCGAUUCCUCAAGAUAAUUGUGACUCUUAUGGAUAACUCAUUCAAGAUAUAUAUAUUUAAUAACUUAUUGUCAUUAUUUGUAUCUAAUUCAUAUGUAGGUAUUUAUCCUGAUCUUUUGUCAAACCCUUAUGAAUAAAUGAAAAAUUUAU